GCGCACCGCUGAGCGUGACGCAAAUCCGUCAUCGAUGACCGAAAGGAUGCGCACGUACAACCGAAAACCUGUUCUACGCGCGCCUCGAUCGAACACCACAUAUUCUAGGCUUGGAUCAGUGUUCUUUCCCGCGUCAUCCAGUCUUUGAAAAUGCGCCGAUCGGAAUGGACUAACGUUGUUACGUUGCUUCUGUUGUCAGUGAUUGCACUCAUCAGCUCAACUCGGGCAGCCAGUGUUGGGAAGGGCAAUCUCAAAUCCACUGAACACUACAUCGUGAACAAUCGGAUCAACUCGGAGCGAUAUCGCGUUACCACCGAGGACGGAUAUCGGCUGACGGUGUUCCGGUUAGUGACGAAAGCGCCCUCCCGUGGGGUAGCUCUUCUCCAGCAUGGGAUGCGAUCUUCAUCGGCCGAUUGGCUGCAGCUGAACUCGAACCUACCCUCGCAGCUACUGGCGGCCGGCUUCGAGGUGUGGGUCGGCAACUCGCGAGGAUCACCAGAAAGUGCCGGUCACAACAACCUCCGCAACACUUCCGCCGAUUUUUGGGACUUCAGCUUCCACGAGAUCGGCUACUACGAUCUGGCCGCAAUGAUCGAUGCCGCGUUGGAGAAAUCUCACCACAAGCGGAUUCACCUGAUCGGCUACUCGGAGGGUUCCACGGCUGCCCUUGUGCUGCUCUCGGAACGACCCUCAUACGGCGCGAAGAUUGCCUCGAUCAAUCUGAUAGCACCGGCGGCGUUCAUGGCCAACUCUCAGCUCAAAGGGGUUGCCCAGCUAUACGGGAAGAUUGAACGAUUCUUCCCGUGGGCCGCCCAAUCGCUGAAUGCCAACGGACUCAUCGGGAACUCUCGGAAGGCACUCGAUCACUACCGACAGCUGAUCUUGUCGGGGCGCUUCCAGAAGUACGACUAUGGUCCCCCGAUGAAUCUGCAAAGGUAUGGCACCCAGCAAGUCCCCGAUUAUGAUCUUUCCCGCAUUACCCUGCCGAUGGCGCUGCAUUUUGGCGAGCUGGAUCCUACCGUGCAUCCGGUGGACGUGCGAAAACUUGGACAGCGGCUGGGUCGAACCACAAAGGUGCAAUUGAUCCCGUACCCAUCGUUCAAACACUACGAUUUCAUCUCCCGCCGGGAGGCAACUAGCAUUGUUUAUCCCCUUAUUGUUAAGAUAGUUUCCAAAUAGA